AACUGUCAAAACAAUUCGCAAUCACCCGCAGUUGUCCUGAAAUUCGUAACAGCCGUUUUUAUUGAAAUAUCCUCAAUUUUUGGAUUAUUUUAUUUUGCUGCAGCCCAGUUGAGCUAUUUGUUGUAAUCAUAACGAAAAGAAAAGCGUCAGGCGGCUUGUGGUUGCAUAGCGACACAAUGUCCGUACUCCACCCUAAACGGUUAUCCGCUUUACAAAAACAAGAUAGCAAGCAAACGGAAAGUGAGCUCCAAGCGCUAGAGAAUGAAGCUGAACACAAUUCGAAAACCAGUGACAGGGAUUCUUCAACCGAAGAACGAUCGCCUAGACAUGUUAGAGCCACACGAAGUUUUCAGCCAAAACGAGUUUCUGAAUUGCCACCUUUGGAAUCGGAAUCAGAUUCGGACGAUGAUAACUUGAAUUGUGCAAUUUUGAAUGAUUCAUUUUUGCUAACACCAUCAAAAGGAAUCGAUGAUUUGGACCAAACCACAAAAGUAUCUCGGCCACCAAUAACACCCUGCCAGAAAGAAAAUAUGAACGAAAAACCUGCAAGAAAAAAGUUGGAAACUAAGUUGAAUUCUAUGGCCGAUCAAGUACCAACGGAAAUCAUGAAAGCACCAAUGAAACGAAUGCCAUUGCUAGAUCGGUCACAGUUAGAGAAGCAAUUCACUAUAUUCAGUCAAACCGAUGAGAAACCAACUAAAGCUCGAGAUUCUGGAAUAAGUUCAACUACAUCAUCAGUACUAAGCACAGGGCACCAUCAAAUCGAGUCCGAGUUGAAACCGUGUUCCAAAGAGACAGCUGACGUUUCGAAACAGAGUGAACAGAAAGUGCAGUCUCCUCAGAAAGAUAGUCAGGAAGUCCAAGACAAAAAUAAGCACCUGUUUGUGACACCGAGAGAUAAAUUAGCCCUGAAUAGUACACGAGGUACCAUUUCCCGUAUGUUAACCUCAACGGCCACCCGUGGUUCUCGAACGACUUUAGAAAAUGAAUUCAAAUCACAGAAAAUAUUGUUCGCCACUCCACUUGCCACCGGUGUAGCAAGACCAGCGGUUUGUGCGAACGACAGUCUGUCCUUAUCGCUAGUUGAUACUCCUAUUAAGUCCAAGGAAAGGCCUCUAUCGCCUAUUGUAGAGCAGUCACAAAAGGAAGGACCACGGCAAAAGGAAGAAAUUUCACCGAAACCACCAUCACCAGAACGACGACUAUCUCCGGAGCCACCGCCACCCCCGCACAAAGAAACUGAUCAGACGGAAGCAAAGGAAACGAUAGAACUGCCACCGACAAAGCCGUUGGCUGUAAUCACGAUUAACGGUAAAGACUAUCAGAUCUUGAGAAAGCUCGGUUCGGGCGGCUCCAGUUCAGUUUUUUCUGCUAAACAACUUGGGACUGGCGUUGAAUGUGCAUUGAAAUUGGUAAAUCUUGAAGGUGAUACGAGUUUAGUGGAAGGCUACUUGAAUGAAACAAAACUGUUGGCGAAAUUGCAAGGAAACGAGAAUGUUGUAGCGCUCUACGACUAUUGCCAUGUUCCUGAGACGAGUCAACUUUAUCUGGUAAUGGAAAAGGGUGACAGUGAUCUGCACAAGAUCUUACAAAGCUAUCGCAAGGACAUUCCAUUGUACACUCUCAUGCAAAUUUGGUAUCAGAUGUUGCAGUGUGUGCAUUAUAUUCACGAGCACGGUGUUAUCCAUCUGGAUCUUAAACCAGCAAACUUUCUGAUGGUGAAAGGACGACUAAAACUGAUUGACUUUGGCAUCGCGAGCAACAUUGCUUUCGAUUCAACCAGUAUUAUGAAAUUUUCGCAAGCGGGCACAUUCAAUUACAUCAGUCCGGAAGCUCUGAUUGAUACUUCUACAGAGAGUAGUCCUGCCAAUUCACAGCCCAAAAUUCGUAUGUCGAAAAAAUCUGACAUCUGGUCGUUGGGGUGCAUUCUGUAUCUUUUACUCUACAAGAAGACACCCUUCGCGCACAUCAAAAACAUCUACACCAAGGUAAAUGUUAUCACCAAUCCCAACACGACCAUUGAGUAUCCGGCUCUGCCCUCCUAUUAUCCACCGAUGCUACUCGAAAUGCUGCAGCGCUGUCUCAAGUACGAUCCAAAGACGAGGGCCUCGACGGCUGAUUUACUGGACUAUCCGUUUGAAAUGGUGAUACCGGUUGGGAAAUAACGAAGCUGUAACAAAAUUAAGAUUGGUUUGUAAAAGAUAUUUAUUAGCCGUACAGCGGAUUUCAAAAGAACCCGACUUUAUUUUUA